AGAAAUGGCUGGAGUGAUGUUUGGAAAUCCCAAUAUUUUGGGAUGGAGUUGUGAACAAGUUGCAGAAUGGUUUCGAGGUCUUGAUGAUGUCAUCCUGCCCUAUGUACAUUUCUUCUUGAAUGGUAGCAUAAAUGGAAGGAAGCUUCUCUCUCUAAUUCCGAAUGACCUGGAAAGAUUAGGGAUCAGUAAAAUUGGCCACCAAGAAAUCAUUCUUGAGGCGAUCGAUCUUUUGAGUGCAUUGCACUUUACUCUGGAAUCAGAUAAUCUUCAGUCAAUAUCCCUUAAAGUUAGCUGUCGAAGCAAAAGUCUCUAUAACGAGUUGAAGAAUGUUCGAUCAAAUCCGCCCUAUCCAUACCACAAGAGACAUUCUGUGAGGAUACUCUCAGCUGUCACUUAUGUGCUGCAGGCUUCAAAAGAUAUGCUGGCAUGGAUGCAGAAGUCUCCAUUUGACUCUGGUAAUGAGUAUCCAUUGGUGAGAGAGACUGUCAUGAAACUCAGUACAGAAAUUAUCUCAGCAGCUCAGAAUGACAGCCUGAUCAAAGAAAGUGAGGAAAAGCUCAUGGAUGCAAGCUUCAAACUGUCAGAGAUAUGUGAAAAUCUAGUCCACAAUGCUCGUGAUCCAUUGGUCAUCCAGCCUGCCACUUUACAGAUAGCUAAUCUGAGGAAAAAGCCAACGGAGGAAUUGGGUAUUCACAUCCAUUCGACCUUUAAUGGCAUCCACAUGAUCAGUGCAAUAAAUAAUCAGUCCCCUGCCCACAUUUCUGGUAAGAUUGAAGAAGGUGAUGAGGUCAUCCAGGUGAAUUAUCAAACAGUGGUUGGUUGGCAGCAUAAGAAACUAGUCACGCUCAUGAGGGAGAAUCUGAAAGAGGUGAUACUGACCUUGAAGCGGCGCCCCCAUCAUUCCAGCACCACCAAUCGCCAUAAAAAGAAGAAAAACAACCUGUCAGUCAUGCAGACAUUCCCUAAAGUACACAAACGAAGAAGUGGUUCUGAACAAAAUGGCUGUGCGUCCGUUCCCGCAUUUAUAAGUGCGCUGGUACCCCCUGACCAAGAAGAUGGAAGAGAAGUAGAUACGGACAACGAGGUAUUUCAGAGCGGUUCGGAGUCUACUCCUUCACUUCGCGAGGCUAAAGAUACAAAGCAGAGACGUGCUACAGUCAGUGGUGUCUCGCCAACCCUAGAGAGGGCGUCCCUUAAUGACUCAGAUCAGACUAGUCCAGAAUCUGAAAAAGACCAUUUUGAUGGACGAAAAGAUACAAUAGUUGGUACAUUGAGUAUAACAAGCGAGACCCACGUACAGAAACCCUUCCCAAUCAGCCAUCACGUUGGUGCCGAUGCCUCUGUCGAUAGGCCGGGCAGACGACAGUUGAAGUUCAAAGAAACUCCACCAAAACUGUCGAAAAAUCAAGAGCCGGUGCUACUGAGUAUGUCAAGAACAGAUUCCACAAGACGAGGGAAGGACGAAUCUUCCUCUGAUGAGAAAGGUGCUGAUGAUGUUAAAGACAGUCGCAGAGAUACGACGUUCAAUGAAGGAAGUUAUACAAUUAUGAUAGUGGGGGGCAUACCACAGAAAGUGCCAACACCUGUGGACACAGUUGACGGUGUGCAGUUACGGCAUGGAAAGAAGUAUAAAGCCGCAAGGAAAGUGGAUCGACGAAUCUCAUGCAAGGAUCUUGGCCAAGGUGACUGCGAGGGAUGGUUAGAUAAAAAGAAGCAUGCAAGGGGAAUCAUGCAAAGUAAAUGGGUGAAACGAUGGUUUGUGCUCAAGGCAAAAAUACUUUAUUACUUCAGAGACAAAGCGGACUUAAAAGCAGAGGGUUUGAUAUCGCUGCCUGGUUACAAAGUGUCUCAAGCCUCAGAAAUAAAAAGAAAGAAAUAUGCGUUUAAACUUCACCACACAGGCACAACGUUUUAUUUUGCCUCUGACCGUCUUGAGGACAUGAGCAAGUGGAUGAACAAGAUGGCCUUAUGUUCUAUCAGCUUUGACAUGGGCAAGGGGAUGACAGCUUCACCCUUUGCGAAGCCGGGAUCCGUUCCACCAACUAUCGAAGAACAAGAAACUCCUUAUCACAGUGAGAGUGAUGAGGAAAGCGACACAUCCAGCAUCUCUAGCACUCCACCUCUCCCCGACGAGCAAGCCUCAAGUAAGUCUGCACAUAGUCCACAGCAUGGCGAGAAAACACAGCACAGUCCACAGCACGGUGAGAAAUCACUUGCAGUCGAACCUGCACCCGAAUGUCACUCUGCUGGAAGUUCUCCAACCGGCAGACGCCGCCAAGGAACAGUUAUGGCACCAGGAGUUAAGAUUACGAUCACACAAGAUGAACGCAAUCCUAUUUCAGGAAAAGAGAAGGUUGAACUACAUCCUCCUGACUUGGAGCCCACAGAAGUUGAACUGCGCACAUGGAAAAAUAAAGAAAAAACAGACCCAAUUGUUGGAACACCAAAUGCCAGAAAUCAGUCAUUGGAAUCUGGGUUCAAGACUCCUGACGCCCUCUGCCAUAUGCUUGAUAAACAAGAUCUGACUAUUGAUGGGAAAGAUCGGAAAUCGUUACGGAGAACUAUUAUUGCCCGAAGCACUGUUCUAUAUCCAGUGGAGUUUGAUCGGGUAAAAAAGUUGCAAAGUUUAGAACGAACUUUGAAAGACAAGGAGUCAGAUUUGAAAGCGAUUGAGAGCCUCCUGCUGACAGCCGAGCCCGUCACGUCAGAUGAGUUAAAGCACUUCAAACUGAAGCACCCGCAUUUGUUUGGCGCCAAGCAUAAAUUCUUGGAAACAGACUUAUAGAGCUUUCAAACAUUAGAGUGAUCGGGCGUUGGAACAAUGCUAAUAAGCUGUGCAAGAACCUGAUUACUCUAAAGGAGAAGACAUUUGAGUACUUAAGUUGCACUUUAUUAAUAUGCAGCUAACUGACAAAUCAGACCUAAUUAUAAAUUGGUUUAACUGCGGCUGUUUUUUGCCUUUUUGCCUCCAACGCAUAAGUUUCUAUCGGUAGUUCAAAAUUUCUGGCAACAGCAUGUAGAGGUCGUGCAGAUGACAGCCUCAAUGGAAAAGAUUCCGUUAACCUGAUGAAUCCCAAAACUUGAAAAUCUCGGGAUCCCAGGGUGGUCACGUGGUUGCGAAGUUGGGUCUGACUUUCACGAUGUAUAGCGCCCGCGUACAACCGCCAAAGUCCGGUACCGAGGCACCAUCUACCCAAGCAUGCUCUAACUGACCCUACUGUACAUCAAACAUGCUAAAACAAGCAAUAAACUAGCGUCCCAGCUCAAGGGAAUAUCACUGAGACCGACCAGUUGGUCGUUGGGAAAAAAACGUUAUUUCAACGGUCACCGGGAUUCAAGAGGUUAAAUUUAUACUAUCCAAAAUGGAUGCCUAAAAAAUGUCGCUGCACAGUCCCACAAGUUGAACAAUGCAUAAAUAGAUUAUCCCACCUGACGACGAUAUAUUCUGUGUUUAUGAGUAUGACUGAUUCAUGGAACCAUUUUCGAAAAUUCACAGAAAUACUGUAUUUCGAAGAGACGCCCUGCUGGCAGUGGCAUUCUCUUUAAACUGGGCUUCAUAGUUUUAAUCAUUCCACUGAUCAUUGUGUCCCAGAAUAAUGCCUUCCUUUUACCUAAAGGGACAAUAUAGGCAGCAGCUAGGCAGGCAAGAUAAAGUAACACAAAGUCGCCAAUAGGGGUCUCUCACAUCUCACAGUACGGCGAAAUGAUUCACGCUGUACGAGGGAUAUAUUUAGUUCUAAGUCUGACAUGACCAAGGGCCCUUAUUGUUUAUACUAGUCACCUGAAGAUGACCAAAUUAGCCCCUCUGCUCCUGCCUAUAGUCCCCCUUUAAAAUGUACAGGUAUGUGGUACUUUUGUUUAAACCAUACUGUUUCAAAUCUGACAAAUUUAACGAAAGAUUUUUUGCCUCUGUGUUCAUUCUCAUUGACCUAGCCUCUUUUUUGAUUAGGCCCUUUGGCCUACUGCUUCAACCAAAGCAAGUACCGACAUGGUUUUGCCUUAUACUUGAAUAUUAUGGUGUCAAAUAUCCAGUAGGUUUCUGCGAAUAGAUUAUCAUACAAACUGUUAGCAAAUUUGUGAUUUAUGUUGAAAUUGUUCAAAAUGUUCUUAUUAAUUAUGCUAAUUUUGUUGCGAGAAGUUGUGAGUAUGCUGUUCGAGGUGUCAAUGUGACUAAAAUGUUAACACGGUCCAGAACUUCUGCUCAGACUUUUGACGAUGCACAACUGGUUUGUGAAUGUCUACAUCGUAACUGUGAAAGGGUCACCAAAAGACGCAGCAGUUCUGGGCUAAAAAUGCCAGGUAAUGAAUUAAAUUUUAAUAUUUGAUGGUAUGUUGUUCAAUUUGAUAUAAGAAUAUGUCUAAAAAUGUUUUGUAAAAUGAAGACUUAAAUAAAAACUAUUGACAUACAUUGUACAUUCAUAACUCAAGGGCCAUUUGCAAUAAAGCAGUCACCUCACACAUUUGUGUGACUGACCUAAGGGUUUGGUUCCAAAUUAUGAUCCAAUAUUCGUCUUUUUGAGAAAAAAGUGAGAGGAAUUAAAAGAGCAAUAAAAAUGUGAAGUUGUUUGAAGUAUUGUUCUGUGGGUUUUGGAAUCAAACUCUUGAAUGUACCCCUGUUAUACUGUCUUAGAAUCUAAGUAUUAUUUAUGUGUCAUUGAUUUCUUAGGUGCCAUAGCCAAUUUAUAGAGCUUCAUUCAAAUUUCUAAUGAAUUGAAAUGAAAUAUAUUUCCGUUGGGAAUACCUUUGAUCUUUUCUUUCCUGUAUAGAAAGUUCUUGAGCUUUAGCCAUCUAUCUUACACAGGUAUGCAUGUAUGCCUUAUUACUGACUAUUGGCACCACCUGGUGUUCGAUAGACGCACUAGAUAUCGUGAAACAAUGGAUAAAAAUGUGCGAACAAAAACGGUGUAAUCCUUAAAAAAAUUAGGGUCAACGCAUCGCGCACAGAGAUCUGCCUCGCUUUGGCUCAUCCUGGAUACAAGAACCGUUGCACAAUUACUCCUCCCCACACUACAGGGUGGCCCAGAAUUAUUUUCCCUCGCAAAAUUGAAUUCUUUUGUGUAUCCAUUGUGUGAGGGGAAAUAAUUCUGGGCUACCCUGUAGUGUGAAUCUUGGAUCAUGUUUAGAGACUCUGAUCUGAUGGUAUGGCCAGAACAGAAAGCCCGUUACAGUGGAACCUACCUUAGCGGACACCUCUCUCUUUAAAGGACACUAGUUUUGGUCCCGAAUUGGUACAUUCCAUUCAAUUUGACCUCUCUAAUCAGGACACUUCUCUAUUGAGGACAGCACUUGUCAGUUCCAAGGGUGUCCUUAUUAGUGAGGUUCUGUUGUAUAUAUACCUGUUGUGAGUGUCAGCUUUUGAGUAAAACGGGCUAUAAAGUUUGAAGUCAAAACUAAAUUAUAAUCACUGCACGAAUGUUAUUCUCUCUCAAAUGCAUGUCCUCUUUUACCAGUCGUCGUCGUUUCCUAUCAUUUCACAUGAAAUUAUAAUAUUUCAAACCUUGAAAAUCAAUUCUGCGACCACCUGAACAAAUUGUAAACUGCCAAGUUUACAUAAUAUUGAAAUUUGCCCUAUAGCUGUUGUGCGAGUGCAGUAGAGUCUGGUGAGGAAUCUUGUGACUUACAAGUAAUAUCCAUGCAGUGUGGUGAGCAUGAAUCAGAGUUCAUGUAUAUUGGUUGAGGAAAAAUUCCAGCGCUAGCUUGGUGUUACAUUAAAAAAAUGUAAAGGUUGCAGUUUAUGGCCCGAUAUCCACAACAUGGUCAGAUGACUUUAUAUGCCGUUAGGUUAUGGACUCACAACAGUCUGCUCUUCCCACCAACCAAGCUUACGUUGGACUUGACCUCAGCCAUUGAUGUUAUUCAUUGGUGCUUCAACUUUUGUAUGAUAUUUGUAUUAUGAUUGUUCUAUAGAACUGUACAUGUAUGUUUGUAAUUAUUUAAAACAUUUACCUGGUGACGAAUCUUGUAAAAGAAUUCAUAUAAGCAUUUGGUUGAUUCUAUUGAAAGUACAGAUUCAGGGCCUACAUGCCAGAUGUGAAGUCAUGCAGGUGGCCCAGGAAUCUGUUUAUUCAUUGGAACCACGGUUCAGGCUUCAGUACAGUUGAGAAUUCGGUCCUUUGUAGAUGGUAUGAAAAUCAUCUUGUGAAAAGCCCACCGAUGUAUUCAUGCCGGUUUUGGCAUCUCUCUGAAUUUCUGUAAACCCCUAUUUUGCGCUCCUCAAGUUUAGGAUUGUAACCCACUUGCACAUAAAUGGCUAAAAUGGUUGCAAAAAUAAAGGGAUUUACAGUAUCCUAGCGAAACAACAACGACAAUAAUCAAACAAUAUUUCUCUGUGAAAUAAUUUAUAAUAUGGAAGAUCUCAAGUGUGAUGUAUAUAUAUACAUACAUGUAUUUAAAUCUGAUCCCUCCUACAGGGAAAACAAAAAUUUCAUUAUAAAAUUCUUGCUUUUUCUGGCAUGUGUGAUGGCGUUACUGAUACCAGUGGUGGAUCCUAGUGAUCUGAUCCAGGUGAUCUGAUCCAGUGAUCUGAUCCAGUGAUAUGAUCCAGUGAUCUUAUCCCUGUCAUUGAUCUGGUGAUCUGAUCCAGUGAUCUGAUCCCUGUCAUCUGAUCUGGUGAUCUGAUCCAGUGAUCUGAUCCCUGUCAUCUGAUCUGGUGAUCUGAUCCAGUGAUCUGAUCCCCGCUAUCUGAUCCCAGCUAUCUGAUCCCAGUGACCUGAUAAAAGGCUAUAUAUAAUGCCAAAGGGACUAAAGUGCUGACAAUAAUUUCUGGGAGUAAUCCAGCCUAUUUCUUAAUACGAAAGAAUCAUUAGUACUUCACGCUGGGUGUAUAAAUUAUAAUGACUACUUGGACUGAUAUUGGUCAGUAAUACUGCACGAGUCCCUUUCAAGAAUAAUGUCUAAAACCUUAAAAUCAUGUAAAAGUUGUCCAAGUAUGUACUCUUCCCAGAAAAGAUAUUUUGUUGUACAUUUGUAUGCUCUAUCUUGUUUAAAUAAAGCAUUUCUACAUGUAGGUGGUAAAAACUCUUGACUUCAU